CCCCACCCCCGGCCUGCUUUUGCGCUCCGAGCGCUCCACGCUGCGCCGCCGCGAGCAAUGGUUCACAGAGCCCGGCGCUGGGCGCGCGGCCCCGGGCGGAGGCGCGGGGCCGGGGUGGGACCCCACGGGGUCGCCGGGCUUGCUGCUAGCAGCCGAGUAUAGUCGUAGGGGACGCGGGGCGCGCGUGAGCCGGGGUGAGCAUGAGGACUCUUCGCAGGUUGAAGUUCAUGAGUUCGCCCAGCCUCAGUGACCUGGGCAAGAGGGAGCCGGGCGCGGCGAGUGCGGACGAGCGGGGCACGCAGCAGCGCCGAGCCUGCGCCAACGCCACCUGGAACAGCAUCCAUAACGGCGUGAUCGCUGUCUUCCAGCGCAAGGGGCUGCCUGACCAGGAGCUCUUCAUCCUCAACGAGGGUGUCCGGCAGCUGUUGAAGACGGAGCUGGGGUCCUUCUUCACUGAGUACCUGCAGAACCAGCUGCUCACAAAGGGCAUGGUGAUCCUUCGUGACAAGAUACGCUUCUACGAGGGACAGAAGCUGCUAGACUCGCUGGCGGAGACCUGGGAUUUCUUCUUCAGUGACGUGCUGCCCACGCUGCAGGCCAUCUUCUACCCUGUGCAGGGCAAGGAGCCGUCGGUGCGCCAGCUUGCCCUGCUGCAUUUCCGGAACACCAUCACCCUCAGUGUGAAGCUGGAGGACGCACUGGCCCGCUCCCACGCACGCGUCCCCCCUGCCAUCGCACAGAUGCUGCUGGUACUGCAGGGGGUACAUGAGUCCCGGGGUGUGACCGAAGACUACCUGCGUCUGGAGACACUGAUCCAGAAGGUGGUGUCACCGUACCUGGGCACCUAUGGCCUCUACUCCAGCGAGGGGCCCUGCACCCAUUCCUGCAUCCUCGAGAAACGGCUCCUGCGCCGCUCCCGCUCUGGGGACGUCCUCGCCAAGAACCCGGUGGUGCGCUCCAAAAGCUACAACACGCCCCUGCUCAAUCCCGUGGCUGAGCACGAAGCGGAAGGCACAGCGGCUGGUGGUACAAGUAUCCGCAGGCACUCCGUCUCUGAGAUGACAUCUUGUCCUGAGCCCCAGGGCUUUGUGGACACACCUGGCCAGGGCCCUUCGGGGACCUACAGGUCCUCUCCAACGCCCCACUCGGGGCCUUGCCCCAGCAGACUGUACCCCCCUGCUCGUUCCCCCGAGCAGGACCUGGCCCACGGCUCCCCACCCACCUCCAGCCCUGAGACACUGGUGGACCAGAUCCUGGAGUCCGUGGACUCAGACUCUGAAGGAAUAUUCAUUGACUUUGGGCGGGGUAGUCGCUCCAGUGUGUCUGACUUUGGUGCAACCGGAAGCCGGCCGAGUGUUGUGUGAUGGCCUGAGGUUAGUUCAUGUUUUUACUGAACCCUGCCUGUGUGCGCGUCUGUGGGUGUGUGUCUGAGAGAGAGACUUGUUUGUUACUCUUUCCUAAUUUCACCAGCCCCCUUGUCACUGCCUUGGUCACUGUAUGCUCCCAGUCUGUUGGAAAAUCUACCCACCUCCCCUGCUCACCCCAGGUCUGAUUAGGAUGUCCAGUUGGCACCGCCCAGAUGCACACUGAACCACCUCAAGGAUGGGGCCACCAUGUGCCCUUCUGCCUGCCCCACCCUUGGUGCCCACACCUACCCAGAAAAAUGUGAAACCAGUGGGUUCUGCCUAUGCCAGCCCAGCUUGGCCCCCACAGUGACGGGACUCCAGCCACAGCCAGACCUGCCUCCCUCUGCCCUGGGUAGCCACAGGAAGGCUUGAAAUAAAGUUACAACUCCA